AUGCCGCCGCCGCGCUGCCCGGGCAUGGUGCCUUUGCUGCCGGCCGCCGCCGCCUGCUUGCUGCUGGCCGCGCUGCUCUGCGGAGGAGCGGAAGCCGCGCGAGUUAACAAACAUAAGCCAUGGAUUGAGACCACCUAUCAUGGUAUAGUUACAGAGAAUGACAACACAGUGCUCUUGGACCCCCCUUUAAUAGCCCUGGACAAAGACGCACCUCUGCGUUUUGCAGAGAGUUUUGAGGUGACAGUCACCAAAGAAGGUGAGAUUUGUGGAUUUAAAAUUCAUGGGCAAAAUGUUCCCUUUGAAGCAGUGGUAGUGGAUAAAUCCACUGGUGAGGGAAUAAUACGCUCUAAGGAAAAGCUUGACUGUGAGCUCCAGAAGGACUACACCUUCACCAUCCAGGCUUAUGACUGUGGAAAGGGACCAGAUGGAGCCAAUGCAAAGAAAUCCCACAAAGCAACAGUCCAUAUCCAGGUGAACGAUGUCAAUGAGUAUGCUCCUGUGUUCAAAGAGAAGUCCUACAAAGCAACUGCUAUCGAAGGGAAGAGGUAUGACAACAUCCUCAAAGUGGAAGCAGUGGAUGCAGAUUGUUCACCACAGUUCAGCCAGAUCUGCAGUUAUGAAAUUGUAACUCCGGAUGUACCUUUUGCUAUUGACAAAGAUGGUUAUAUAAAAAACACAGAAAAGUUAAACUAUGGCAAAGAACAUCAGUACAAACUGACAGUAACAGCCUAUGACUGUGGAAAGAAGAGAGCUGCUGAGGAUGUGCUGGUUAAAAUUAGCAUUAAGCCUACAUGCAAGCCUGGCUGGCAAGGUUGGAGCAAAAGAAUAGAGUAUGAGCCUGGUACUGGCUCCUUAGCUCUCUUCCCUGGCAUGCGUUUGGAGACGUGUGAUGAGCCCAUAACCUCCAUUGAAGCAACGGUUGAACUAGAAACCAAUCACAUUGGGAAAGGCUGUGACAGAGACACCUACUCAGAGAAAUCCAUUCACAGACUCUGUGGUGCUGCUUCUGGCACAGUUGAGCUGCUUCCCCCUCCAAGUAGUGCUGCUAACUGGACAAUAGGACUGCCUACUGAUAAUGGUCAUGACAGUGACCAAGUGUUUGAAUUUAACGGCACACAAGCUGUGAAGAUUCCAGAUGGUGUUGUCACAGUCAAUCUAAAAGAGCCCUUCAUGAUUUCAGUGUGGAUGAGGCAUGGGCCUGGAACCAAAGAGAAAGAGACAAUUCUUUGCAAUUCAGACAAGACAGACAUGAACCGGCACCACUACACGCUCUACGUGCACAACUGCCGCCUUGUUUUCCUCCUCCGCCAAGACCCUUCAGAGGGAAAAACUUACAAACCUGCUGAGUUUCACUGGAAACUCAAUCAAGUAUGUGACAAGGAGUGGCAUCAUUAUGUCCUCAACGUUGAAUUUCCUGCAGUGACACUCUAUGUAGAUGGUGUUUCCUAUGAUCCUUUCCCAGUCACUGAAGAUUACCCACUUCAUCCUUCAAAGAUAGAAACACAACUAGUAGUUGGAGCAUGCUGGCAAGACUAUACAGGAAAUGAAAAUGACAAUGAAACUGUGCCUGAGACCUCUGCAGGUGGUGAACUCCACAUGGCUCAGUUCUUCCGAGGCAAUCUGGCAGGUUUGAUGAUUCGUUCUGGCAAACUGGAGAACAAGAAGGUGAUUGAUUGCCUGUACACUUGUAAGGAGGGCCUGGAUCUGCAGAUGGCCGACGGUGCUGGCAAGGGCGUGAAGAUCCACAUGAAUCCAAGUCAGUCAACAGUGAGCAUAGAGGGGGAUGACAUUGACAGAGUUGACAAGGCCAUGCAGCACAUUUCCUAUCUGAAUUCCCGCCAGUUCCCAACACCUGGUAUUCGGAGGCUUAAAAUCACCACUGAUGUCAAAUGUUUCAAUGAGGACGCCUGUGUCUCCAUCCCUUCUGUGGAGGGAUAUGUCAUGGUGCUGCAACCAGAGGAACCAAAAAUCAGCCUCAGUGGCAUCAACCAUUUUGCUCGCUCUGCUUCAGAGUUUGAGAGCUCUGAGGGUGUUGCCCUCUUUCCUGAGCUGCGCAUCAUAAGCACCAUUACACGGGAGGUGGAGCCCGAGGGGGAUGGAGAUGAAGAUCCUACAGUGCAAGAGUCUUUGGUAUCUGAAGAGAUCAUGCACAACCUGGAUACGUGUGAGGUGACUGUGCUAGGAGAAGAGCUAAACCAGGAACAAGAAAGCCUGGAGAUUGACAUGACACGAUUGCAGCAGAAAGGCAUUGAGAUGAGUAGUUCCAACCUGGGCAUGAUAAUCACAGGGGUUGAUACCAUGGCUAGUUAUGAGGAAGUUUUGCAUUUGAUACACUACAGGAACUGGCACACAGUUUCUCUCUUUGACAGGAAGUUCAAACUAGUCUGCUCGGAGCUUAAUGGACGCUACGUCAGCAACGAGUUCAAAGUGGAGGUGAAUGUUAUCCACACAGCUAACCCAGUUGAACAUGCUAAUCACAUAGCUGCACAGCCACAAUUUGUUCAUCCAGUGCAUCACACGUUUGUGGAUCUCUCUGGUCACAACUUGGCUAACCCUCACCCAUUUUCAGUUGUUCCCAGCACAGCCACCGUUGUGAUUGUGGUUUGUGUCAGUUUCCUGGUUUUUAUGAUUAUCCUGGGAGUGUUCCGGAUCCGAGCUGCACAUCAGAGAACGAUGCGUGACCAGGACACUGGAAAGGAGAAUGAGAUGGACUGGGACGACUCUGCUUUGACCAUCACUGUGAACCCCAUGGAGACCUAUGAGGAUCAACACAGCAGUGAAGAGGAAGAGGAGGAAGAGGAAGAAGAAAGUGAAGAUGGGGAAGAAGAUGACAUCACUAGCGCAGAGUCUGAAAGCAGUGAGGAGGAAGAGGGAGAGCCAGAGGAGGACCAACAGAAUGUGAAUAGACAGCAACAGCUGGAAUGGGAUGACUCUACCCUCAGUUAUUGAUCCUAGCUGUCCCCUUUGUCUUUGUUUCUGCUCUAGAAGACUCCACUGUAACUCACUCCAUUGUUACCAAGGAUUCAUGGUGUUUCAAAACAAAACAAAAAUCAUUCUGGCCAGUAGAUUCCACCCCCACACAUCCCAGUGUUUGUGUUCUGUCAGCUAGUUCCUGAUGCUGUUCCUAGAGUUGUAGUUAGCACUUUUCCUUCAGCCAUGCC